AAACUUCGGCCUUCACAAAUUGGGCUCGGCCCAUAAUUGGGCUUUCAAUCUUUACUACUCGUUGCCGUCCCUAAAAUGUACGUCCGCCGUUCUUUCCCCCGCUCUCUCGACUCGGAAAUGGACGCAUAGCAUCACUCUGAUACUACUACCAUGGAGGCGAUCAGAAAAGCGAUAGCAAUAUCCUCCAACCGUCGUGUUCUUCCCUCUCUAUUUCCUCCCCCGUCUCGGCUCGUCUCUUUUAGAGGCAUAGCUACGAAGCUUUUUGUUGGUGGACUCUCAUAUUACACUACGGACAAAGGACUGUCAGAAGCCUUUUCCCAAUACGGUCAGGUUAUUGAAGCUACAGUUGUGAUGGACAGAGUCUCUGAUAAGUCAAAGGGAUUCGGAUUUGUCACCUUUGCAUCCAUAGACGAAGCGCACACGGCACUAUCAGAGAUGAACGGAAAGCCUUUGAACGGAAGGGUUAUUUUUGUGAACUAUGCAAAGCCAACAACCUCUACUCGUGGUUCAAUUCCUAUAGCGAGAGGACCUCCCGAGGAGAAAACUGAUAAAUGAUUGCUAAAAAAAAUUGUCUAUCAUUUAUCAAAAAGAAAUUAGCUGAAAAGAAGAGAACAAUCAUUGAAGCUGCGCGUAGAAAGUGUGAUUCAAACGUGUCUUUUCAAGAAUUUGCUUCAUGUCAGAGACAUGUUUAAAGCUUCGGGAAAAAGAGGUCAGCUUGCUGGAAUUUUUAAAAAUAUUCUUGAUUUUCUUAUUGGUUAAGUAGUGCUCUGUUAAGUAUGGUUAAACUGAUGUCCAGACAUCUGUCCAUAUAUUUUCUCAGUUUGCUGAUUGCCAUAUUGUGAUAAUAAUAUUUCUUUUUGCAGCAA